CGUCCUUCUCCCCUCCCUCACCUCUCCCUCGUCGUCGCCAUGUCUGCCAACGGUUCGGCCAACGGUAACGUCCACUCCGCGCUCCAGCCCGGCCACUUCCUCUUCACCUCCGAGUCCGUCGGCGAGGGUCACCCCGAUAAGAUUUGCGACCAGGUCUCCGAUGCCAUCCUCGACGCCUGCCUCGCGCAGGACCCCUUCUCCAAGGUCGCCUGCGAGACCGCGGCGAAGACCGGCAUGAUCAUGGUGUUCGGCGAGAUCACCACCAAGGGCCAGAUCGACUACCAGAGCGUCAUCCGCGAGACCAUCAAGAAGAUUGGCUACGACGACUCGUCCAAGGGCUUCGACUACAAGACCUGCAACAUCCUCGUCGCGAUCGAGCAGCAGUCGCCCGAUAUCGCGCAGGGUCUCGACCACGGCUCCCUCGAGAGCAUCGGUGCCGGUGACCAGGGUAUCAUGUUCGGCUACGCGACCGACGAGACCCCGGAGUACAUGCCCCUCACCAUCGUGCUCGCGCACAAGCUGAACUCUGCGAUGGCUGCGGCCCGUCGCUCCGGUGAGCUCGGCUGGCUCCGCCCCGACUCGAAGACCCAGGUCACGGUCGAGUACAAGAAGGACGGCGGCGCUACCAUCCCCCUCCGCGUCGACACCAUCGUCGUCUCCACCCAGCACGCUGAGGAGAUCUCCACUGAGAACCUCCGCAAGGAGAUCCUCGAGAAGAUCAUCAAGAAGGUCAUCCCCGCGAACCUUCUCGACGACCGCACCGUCUACCACAUCCAGCCCUCGGGCCGCUUCGUCAUCGGUGGCCCCCAGGGUGAUGCCGGUCUGACUGGCCGCAAGAUCAUCGUCGACACCUACGGUGGUUGGGGUGCGCACGGUGGCGGUGCAUUCUCCGGCAAGGACUGGUCGAAGGUCGACCGUUCCGCUGCGUACACCGCGCGCUGGAUCGCCAAGUCCAUCGUUGCUGGCGGCCUCGCUCGUCGCGCACUUGUCCAGCUCUCGUACGCCAUUGGUGUCGCUGAGCCUCUGUCGAUCUACGUCGACACCUACGGCACGGGCAAGAAGUCGGACGAGGACCUCGUCGAGAUCAUCCGCCAGAACUUCGACCUCCGCCCUGGUAUCAUUGUCCAGGCCCUUGGUCUCCAAAAGCCGCAGUACCUCAGCACGGCAUCAUACGGUCACUUCGGCAACUCCGAGUACUCCUGGGAGCAGCCCAAGAAGCUCCAGCUCUAAGCUCGGACUUCCCCCGUUCUCUUCCUGUCGUCUUAGGGCUUCAUCGUCGCUCCCACCAUCAUUCACCCCGUCGCUGUAUUGCUAGAGCAUCACAUCCCUCGCACAUUGCAUCGGAAGUUCAUCCUUCCGCUAUUUAUCACCACACUACGAUGUUUAUUAUUAUACCUCCCACACCUGCGCACGCCCUCUUCCUCCCGACACCCCCCAGCCGGCUGCCCCACCGGCUAUCCGCAUCCAACUGCACCCUCGUCGCCCCCUUGCUUCAACCCGCGCGGCCUGCUAUGACUCACGACCCUUCACGAACCCAUCUAUCAUCGCGUUCAUGGUCUCCUCAAUGCUCUCUACCACACGCUUUAUCCCUCGGCCCUGCGCAGGCCAUCACUCCCGA